ACACACACACACACACACACACACAUGGAUAGCUCUUCCUCUCCCCUGUAGGGUAUAUAAGCAGAAGCAGAAGUCUUCCAAGACGGAGCAGCAGCAGCAGCAGCAGACCAUCUCCAACCAACAGCAGCUUCUCUCUCCAACUUCUUCUGAGUCCUGCGACGGAUCAUCCACCUUGAACCAUCACCACCAUGUCUGAUCAAGGCGCCACCCCUACUCCCUCUCCUGCCCCCCCUGCUCCUACCGGACCCCCUCCCAAGGUGACGAACCGUGGCCGCACUGCAAUUCCCAUCGCCAGCUCCAACUCUGACACAACGGACAUCCCUGAGUUUGAGCCCUUUGUUGCACCGGGCCCGAGAGGAUUUCCACCUCUGACUGAGUAUCUUGACAUCAUGGACGUGGACAUGAUGAGUAGGCCAGAUGAGAUCAACAAGAAGCAACACCACACCAUGUUGUUCAACUCUAACUAUCUCGUGGUCCGUCGAGGACAAGAGUUCCAGGUCAAGAUCAACUUCAGUCGUCCCUACAAACCUGCUGAAGACAAGUUUGCUGUGGAGUUUACCAUCGGCUCCAGCCCUCACUACAGCAAGGGCACCUAUAUUCCUGUCUUCCCCACCAAGGAGCGGAAGAGCCCCUGGGAAGGCCGCAUCACAAACACCUCUGACAAUUCGGUCACCAUGGGCAUCACUCCUGCAGCAAACUGCAUUGUGGGGAAGUACCACUUGUACGUCGCUGUGGUGACGCCCUUCGGCAUCCGCAGGACCAGACGGGACAACAGCCGAGACCUCUACAUCCUCUUCAAUCCCUGGGUGGCAGCUGAUGCUGUGUUUCUGGAUGAUGAGGAAGAGAGGCAGGAGUGCGUGAUGACUGAGAUGGGGAUCAUCUACCACGGUGCAUUCGAUGACAUCGCUGAGAGAAACUGGAACUAUGGACAGUUUAACUAUGGAGUCCUGGAUGCCUGUCUGUACAUCAUGGACAGGUCUGAGAUGCCAAUCACCAACAGGGGAGACCCCAUCAAAGUGACCAGAAAGGCCUCUGCUAUGCUGAACUCUCAUGACGAUGAAGGCGUGCUGGUGGGGAACUGGAGUGGCGACUACACCUACGGAGUGGCGCCCACUUCCUGGACUGGCAGCACAGACAUCCUACUCAGCUACGCCAGCAGCAAGAUGCCUGUCUGCUACGCUCAGUGCUGGGUCUACGCCGCCAUCUUCAACACCUUCCUGCGCUGUCUGGGCAUCCCAUCGCGGGUCGUCACCAACUACUACUCUGCUCAUGACAACGAUGGAAACCUGAAGACUGACAUCAUCCUGGAGGAGAAUGGCAGGAUCGACCGUGGUCGCACCAGAGACUCUAUCUGGAACUAUCACUGCUGGAAUGAGUGCUACAUGUCCAGACCAGACCUCCCAACUGGCUUUGGAGGCUGGCAGGUUGUGGAUGCAACACCACAGGAGACCAGUGAUGGCAUGUACAGAUGUGGUCCUGCAUCAGUUCAGGCCAUCAAACAUGGGCAGAUAUGCUUUCCAUUUGAUGCUGCCUUUGUGUUUGCUGAGGUCAACAGCGAUGUGGUGUUUUAUUCCCGGAGUAAAGAUGGGACCAUGGAGCCAGUCAAAGUGAACCGGACUCAUGUAGGCCGCAUGAUUUUGACCAAAGCUGCAGGAGAUGUGACCCGCCGUGACAUCACAGAUCAAUACAAGUUUCCUGAAGGCAGUAAGGAGGAGCGGACCGUUCUGGAAAAAGCAGAGGAGUACGGCUGUAAACAAGAGAAGUCCAACCCUCCUAUGGCUGACGUGGACCUGGUCCUGCCCACCCUGGAGAUCAGUGUGGGUGACGACUUCGACCUGAACCUGGAGUUUAUAAACCGCAGCGACCAGCGCCGCAUCGUGGACACCUACAUCAGCGGGACCGUGGUGUAUUACACCGGAGUCACCGGUUACGAGUUCCUGUUCAGGAAUCCCACUGUUACAAUUGGCCCCAACAACAGUGUGAAGGAGUUGGUGGUGGUCGAGUCAAAGAACUAUAUGAAGCAUCUGGUGGAACAGGCAAACCUCCACUUUAUUGCUACUGGGAAGGUCAAGGAGACUGGCCAGAUCGUCACUGCCAUGAAAGUCGUCACCCUGCGCACUCCCAAACUCACCAUUGUGGUGUCUGAAGGGGGGAAAGUGAAUGAAGAGAUGAUGGCGACUGUGGAGUUCACAAACCCCUUCACCUUCAGCCUGGAGGGCGUCUACAUUCGCAUGGAAGGACCCGGGAUCAUGCUGCCCAAGUCGAAAUACUACAGUCUGAUCACAGGAGGCUCCUCCCUGACCUGGACCGAGUUUUUCACCCCACAGAGGGCUGGCAGCACCAGGGUGAUCGCUACUCUGGACUGUCCCGCUCUCAGGCAGGUCGCUGGCCAGGCGUCUGUCACCAUCGAGCCCUGAGGAUCCCUGUAGGAUCACUGAGGCCAGACAUCUUUCAACUCACUUACACUUCAGCCCAAAUAUAGACCUAUAACAUAUUAAGUGUAUACAGUUUAAUAGGUGUAGCUUCAGCAUUUAUGCUAACAAUGGGGAUGGUUUUAGUCACAAGCAAAGAGUGUGCAGAUCUCUUAGAUCUAAAAGAUAGUCAUUUUUAAAAGUGCAAUUUGUUAAUGCAAGUUUAAAAAGAGGCUAAUUAACACAUUUUUGUACCAUAUCAAACAUUUUGACAGUUAAAGGGCAACUGUUUUAUGAUAAAGAAUCAGUUCAACUCAAAUCUAUGAUUAGUAGUGUAAGUACAGUGAGUUUGGCUGUCUUCGAAAUCACUCCUUCAUUUAAUCAUUCACUACUCCCUAUAUAAUAAGACCCUUUAUAGUUUACUCUAUAGUGAGCAGUAAACUGAGAUUUCAGACACUAAUAAAUCAUCGUUAUUUUGGAUCAUCACUGAGAAUUGUCAUAUCCCCCAGACUGUUAAUUUUCACAUCUGUAAAACGCAGUGCACUGCAUUGUGGCAUUUUGGCCAUUGACGCUGCUUUUGUUGUUCAGUUGUGGAAUUUUUGAGGGCACUAUGUAGUGUCUAAAUUUCACACUCAGAAUUCAGAAACAAAUAAAAUGGCAGAGAGUAAAUAUAGGGCACUAUAGAGUAAAUAGGUGCGAGAUGUCGGACACAGCCUGUUUAUUUUAACGCUGCAUUAAUCAAAAUCAGAAUUACUCCAAAGCUGAAAGACACACACAGUCCUGAUAUAUUAAUGUCUUAUGAAGUCAAUAGGGCUAACAUGUUAGCAAAAAUUGCCUCCUUACAAGUCCAACAGACACAGAGCAACAUUAUCAACCCACCUGUUUUCUGGUGUUCUGAUGUAUUUAAGUCUAAUAUUCACUCUCCUUUUAGUUUAAGUCUCCACCAACUCCUGAGAAAAAUAUCUGGGUCAAUAUUUGCUAAGUGUUCAAUUUUCUUCACCAGCUAGUUGCUAACUUUGUCUGUCUGCCGUUUGGUGCCAGGUAGGUUUUUUGCAAUGGAUUUAUCAGAGCUGGGUUUCCUGAAAAUGGCUUCCUGCAGCUGCUAGAAUAAGGGUUGAUUGGGGCAGUGAGACUGAACAAAAAAGCAAUUGUGCCAUAAAACCGAAACAAUGAGCCAAAAGAGGCUAAAAAGUGCAACAGAACUGCAGAGUUGGGUGAUAAUUCUCUGUGGAUGUGAGAUAUGAGCGACCCAUUUGAUGAUAUGUUUAAUUUAAUAUAGAAAAUAUUGAUUAAUGCAGCUUCAACUUAAUUUUCUAAAUUUUCUCCCACUAUGCAACUAUUAAACUGAAGUGUUAAUGUUUCUGCUUGAGUACCGUAAAGAUCUCUUUCCACCUCUAUAUAUCAGUAUACAAAAUUUGUUUCUUCCCAUUUUUUCUUUGUACAAGAACAAAUGCAAAUAUCAACUAAAUAAAAGAUUCCCUAUAAGUGUG